AUGAUAACACAUCUAAAUGACAAGAGAGGGAUUCGAACCCUCGCCCCUUUCGAGACAUGGAAUAUUGAGAUCAGAAAACGGGAACUCGGGCCCGGUUCAAACAUCAAAGUAGUCCCGGGCUGGAGCUGUUGGCUGAUUGUUCUGCGGAGUACUAGCCACCAUUUGCAACAAUCAUUUGACGAAUAUGCUGCCUUGCACCAAACCGGGAAGCUUGCAUUUCAUAGAGAGAAGAAGCAGCUGAAGAGAAAUUUCCCACCCGAGGACAUUAUUGCUGCCAUGCAGUUCGACUGUACCCGCGAUGCCCACCAGCAUCGUUUGAUGGAAGACUGGGCCAACAAAUUUGACAGCUCUCUUCUCGAAAUCGGGGAAAUGGCCGGAAAGUAUCGCCAAAAUCCUCGGUGUCUCUUAGUUUCCAAGCAUUGCGAGGAAAAGCUUCGCGGUGAAGUUGCUGUGAUGAAUCUCGUUCGCCAGAAUACUUCAAUACCAGUUCCUGAGGUUAUCGCUUAUGGCACAGCUGCCGAGAACCCAACUGGGCUCGGUCCUUUUAUCAUCAUGACCUGGGUUGAAGGGACGCGGAUGAAAGAGUUGCUGGAAACAAAAGUCCGGGUGCCAAGCGGUUCUGAAGAAUCGUUGUUAAACCCAGAAAUCGAUGUCACUACGCUGAGGACUUUGUAUGGCGAGGUUGCUGGGAUACUUCUUCAGCUAUGGGCCCUGGAGUUUGAUAAGAUUGGCUCCAUUGACUUUGAUUCUCAAUCCAGUUCAUGGGAUGUCAAAAGUCGCCCAGUCACACUUGGCAUGAAUGAGUUGGUGAGGUAUGGCGGAAUACCUGAGGAGGAUUUAACCUGUGGCACUUUUGGAUCAUCGCUAGGCUAUUGUUUUCACCUUUGCGAAACCCGUGAGUUGCAUCUUAGGAAGCAGCGCAAUAGUAUCAAUGGUUCCCGAGACUGUCGGGCCAAAUUUACAUGCCGCCGCCUUCUUAAAUCUAUGGUUCCUUUAUUCACCUCAAACCACGAUAUCAAUGGGCCAUUCAAGUUAUUUUGCGAUGACUUGGGGCCCGGGAAUAUCCUAGUCGACCCAAUAACAAACAAAGUCACCGGUGUCAUUGACUGGGAGUUUUGUUAUGCUGCCCCUGCGCAAUUCUCGGCUUCACCACCACCAUGGCUGUUGUUGAAGCCCAUUAGUCAUUGGGUAGAGGAUGAGGGACUGCAGGCAUUCUUGGAUGCCUACAUCCCAAAGUUCAAUGUUUUUUUGCAAGCUCUACAGGAGCACGAGGCACAGCAGCAGUUUAUAAAUCCGGACAAAAUUUUGUCUAAACGCAUGCGAGAUUCGUUGGAAAAUAGGACAGUCUGGUUUAACUUCGCCAUACGAAAUGGGUGGAGCACAGAUAAUCUUUAUUGGAACGUGCUCGAUAAUUUUGUUUAUGGGACAGCACCACAGGCAGAAAGGAUCGCGCGAACAACGGGCGAAGCCCAGCUCCGUGAUCAUCGGGAGUCUUUCGUGCGGCUCAAGGUCCAGGAGCUCCAAUAA